AAGAGCCUCAGUGAAGACGACACGUCUGGAUCUGAUGCGGGGUCAGAGGUCGGUCUGGAACCUGAGACAGACCGGUUUGGCUUCAUUCUGACCAAUGGAUCCACAGCUGGGUGAGCAGUUCCACAUCUGUCCUUAUCUACUUGUUACUGUACUGCUACGGAGAUUAUCGAAACCAGGUAUUCUGCUUCCCUGUGUUAAUUCUAUUUUCAAAGAGGCAUUUUUAUUUAAAGAGGAAGGAUGGUAGAGAGGCAAAUGUAUGCUGGAGUGGCUGUUGAAAUGAAAAAAUCAAAUACAUUCAGUAAAAGAAACACACCGUGAGGUCUUAAAAUCUCAGUCAAUAACCAAGAUUUAUUUCUUUUUCUGACUUUUAUAUUUCAAAAUGUUUUUAAUCAAUUUGUGAUCAGAUUGAAACUGAUUAGUAAGGCUUUCAUACAUUUUUACAUUGUUAUCAGAUCAUGUAAAUAUACAUAUUUCAGUCAACAAUAAAUCUAUGUAUGUAUGUAUGUUCCUACUACUCCGAUCUGAUGAUUAACAAUUAAAAUUAGCUAAUGCUGCAUAAAUGGGAUGGUCUUUCAUGUCUAUGUUUAUGUCUGUGGCUUUUGACUCCAUAAAGAGUAAAAGUCAUGUCUAUUUGUGGUCCCUCAUCACAGGUUAUGGUCUCUGGGAGGACGUGAACUGCUUGUGCUUUUAGACCUUUAAACACUCAAGAUUAAAAUAUUUUACAGUUGUUUCUGUCAGUGUCAGAAGAAAUGAUUCAAAACAAAAUGUUCCCCUGAAUGCUGAAAAACUACCCCAUUAGAAGAUUGCAAGUUAAUCGAAAUUUUCUAAGGGGCCGUGCAAUAUACCCUGAAGAGAUUUUCACAGGCCAAGUCACUUUCUUCAAAAGCAGGACCACGUAUCUCUACAGAGACCACAUCAUCUGAAGACCAGAAUAUUCAUAUGAGAACAAAAACACCCAGUGUUAAUGUGCAGAGAGGCCCAAACAGAGCAAAGCCGUUCUGCUUGUUUACAAAGAAAGAAAGUUUGAACUUCACCAUUGCUUCGCUGCACUGUUACUGUGAGCUCAAAUGCUACAUGAAAGGAGUGUGGGCCCGCCCCCUGAGUUGGUCAGGCAGAGGGAGACCAAGUGGAUCAACAUCAUUUUCCAGUGGGAUCGCAUGUUGUUGAAGAAGACCAGUAAGGUCAAAGUGCAGUGUCAGAAAGGCAUCCCUGCCUCGCUCAGAGCUAAGUGCUGGCCUCUGCUGUGUGCAGCCACUGACAGGAUGAAACAAAGUGAAAACCUCUACGAGUCUCUGGACUCACAGCCUGCUCUGCAGAGCUGGGUGGAUGUGAUUGAAAGAGACCUGGAUCGACAGUUCCCCUUUCAUGAAAUGUUCCUUUCCAAGGAUGGACAUGGGCAGCGUGGUUUGUUCCGGGUGUUGAAAGCCUACACUCAGUACCAACCAGAGGAGGGUUACUGCCAGGCACAGGGGCCUGUGGCUGCAGUGCUGCUAAUGAACAUGCCCGCUGAGGAGGCCUUCUGGUGUUUGGUGCAGAUCAGUGAGCAGUACCUGCCGGGAUACUACAGCCCUCUGCUGGAAGGAGUCCUCUUUGAUGCAGGUAUGCUGACCUGGGUCUUGAAAAGAACGUGUCCAGCUGCACACAAACACCUGCAGCACCACGGAGUGGAGCCCCUUAUGUUUGCCACUGACUGGCUGAUGUGUCUGUUCACACGCCACCUGCCGUUCAACACUCUUCUACGAGUCUGGGACCUGUUUUUCUGCUACGGGGUGCGGGUGCUGCUCCAGGUGGCAGUGGUGCUGGUGCGUCGGGUGCUGGGUCGUGCCGAGCAGAGGAAGCAUUGCCAGGGCCAGAUGGAGACUCUGGAGAGGCUGAGGGCCGUCAGGGAGCAGGUCCAGGAAGAAGACGACCCCUUUAUAGCAGAGGUGUGCUCAGUGCCGCUGUCAGCCCGAGAUCUGGAGAAACAGACGGAGAAGGAGCUAGAAAAGUGGAGGAAAGACAGACCAUCAUCCACCUUCGACCCCAGAGGUCGCUGCCAGGGAUACCGGAUGGCGUGGACGAGGGCUCGACAGAACGAGGAAGAACAGGACAGGAAAGAGAGAGAGAAAGGGAACCUGUCUGUUCCUCUUUUCCGCUCGGCCUCCACACUGUCACUGUCUCCUUCGCUCCUUAACAGGAGGCUCAGGAAAGGGGGAAAAGUUAACACAGGUGAAUGGGAAGGCGGCAGUAAAGUUGUGAGGCAUCUUUCAAUGGGAGCAAGGGAGGACUGGAGAAGCUGGAAUGAGUUCAAUUUUAAGAAGGUGCAGGGCGUUCAGGAGGAGGAGGACGUAGAGGAACACAAAAAACAGAGUCAGUCGAAAAUAACAGGACAAACUGAAGAGAAAGAACUUUUAGAGGAACCUAAGAAGAUGGACAAAGUCCAAAACAAACCAACAGAGCAGGCAGAAGAAACAGUAAUGGCAAAAGAACAGGUUGAACAAGUCGAAACAAGAAUUACUGAAAAGGAGGAAAGCCAACCCAAAGAGACAGAGAACGACAAAAAACUCUCAGAACAGACAGAAGAAAAAAAUGUGGAGACAGAACCAAACCAAGGUCCUGUGAAAGAUCAGACUAUUGAAAUUAUUCUUCAGCCAACUGAAAAUACCUGUCACCAUGAACAGGGAGAGGACCUGGAGUCUUAUAGCCAGUCACGAGUCCUGGAAGAAAAGAAUCACAAAGACCGGGACCAGGAAAUGGAGGUCAGAGACACAAAGGAGGAGACAGAAAAACAAAUGUCUGAAAGUGAACAUUCAGCUGCUGUGGAGGAAAAUCUGAGUGAGAUACAGAAAGAUCCUGAUGCAGACACAUACUUAAAAGAAGAACAAAUGAUUCAGGCUGACAUUAAACCGAAGGAAAGGACAGAAAUUAAUAAUGAGCAACAGAUGCAGGUGGACACAGUCACUGAAGUUUCAGAAACAAGAACUGAGACAAGUCCAGGCUCAGAGACAGACAGCAACUUCGAAGCAGCAACUUCAACAGACCCAGGUCUAAGGAUAGAGACAGAGACACAGGGAGAGGUGUUCACAGAGACAGAGGAAAGCUCACAGGAUGAUGCAUUUGGAGUAAAAUACCACAGUACCGAGUCAUUAGCAGAAAUAGGAAUCAAAGAAGAGUCCAACACCCAAACAGUGACAGAAACUGAAGAAAAAGUGAGGGAAAAUGCAACCACACAGGAUGACCUGGAGACUGAAAUAGUAAAAAUAGAUUCAGAACAAUACAUAGAUUCAAAGAUAGAGACUAAAACAGAAGCAGAGACACUAAUCCUGUCUUCACCCAGAUGCAUAAAACAAGAAGAAGACGCAGACGUAGAAGCUGACACAGAGGCUGAAACAGAAAUUCCAGUUGCAGACAACAGAGUGAAUGAGUCAAGUGAAGAAUUUUCUCACUGUUCAGAGAAACAGUAUGACGCAGUAGCAUCUGAACCUGCCCAGGAAAAAGAAGAAAUAAUUUUGACUGUGCGCUCAGAGGCAGAGGUUGAUGAUGAUCAAACACAAGCAGAAGAAACACCAACUGAAACUCAGACUAAUGUGGAGACUACUGACUCUGUAGCACCUCCAGAGGAAGGGAAGACUUCAAAGCAGGCUGAAGCAGUGAAUCUCACCACUGAGCCUGAUGGGAAAACGAGUUCAGUAGAAAUGAGUACCUCUGAGGAACCUGCACCUGAAGAACCGAGAAGCCAGGCCACUAUAGGCCCUUUAGAGGAGGAAGAAAGCAGAGUAAAUGUUCCAGAAAACACUGUAGGAGAGGAUAACGUCUUCAUUUCUACUCCUAACGUGACGGACAAUCCUCAUACUGACAGCAACCCACAGGUGCAAAAUAAAGAUGAUUCUCCGGCUGGGCUGAAUAACAGCGGCCUGACACAAGCCUCUGGGCAACGUGGUGAUUUGUGUGUGCGCAAGCCUUGCAGCUCCCGUGGGUCCAGGUUACAGCGUAGGCUCUCCGAAGAUCUCUUCACUGCCCCACAGAAAACUAGCCAAUCACAAUCUAUCCCCAAUCACCCAGAAGUUAAACAUACACAAUCACAGUCCAAUCCUGGGGCUGUAAACCCGAGCCAAACUCCCCCUGAUGUGACUCAGUCGUCAGAAGUCACCUCGUCAAUGUCUGCAGAAGUGACAGAGAGGACAGCGGCAGAGCAGGGGCCAGCCGCCCCCCCUAAACGUUUUGGUCUCUUCCGCAGACUGAGAGGAGAGCAGCCCAAAAAGACAAAGGGAAAAGGGGCACAGAAGAUGCAAGUCCCCAAAAUCUUGAUUCAGGACUUCAGUGACGGAACAGAGACGGGAAAACUGGUUGAGGAAGAGGGUGAGGAGAAACUUAGCUCCAGGGAGAGGAGGAGGAGGCGGAGGGAGCGAGAGAGAAGGGAGAAAGAGGAAGACAGGUUGAGGAAGAAGAAAGAAAAGGAGAUGGAGAAGGAGAGGGAGCGAGAGAGCAGGAAACCAAAGACGAGGGGGAAAAGUUUUCAAGUGCAAAAGGAGAGAGGUAGCAAUGAUCCGUCUCAGUCUGCAAAAACUGGACCACAGACGCUUAGAUAUUUUGCUUCUUAUGCUGAAUCUUAUUUUUGACAAACGUUGGUAAUAGUACCGGAAGGGAUGAAGUCUGAAGCACACGGUUAUGGCUUUUGGUUGGACUCAGCAGUAGGUCUUACGCAAAGUAAGGUUAAGACAUUUAAAUUUUCCGCAUCAAGGUAGUAGCUGCAUUUUGUGUGAUAAGGACUUUCUGGGCAUUGUUUACAUUUAGCCAAUGCCAUAUUUUUGCUGCACCUAAUUAAAAGCUUUAACUAUAACCAAACACCUCAUCCUUCCAGAUCCUGUCUCAUUGUCCUGUCUGUUGAGGCACUGGUUUGAGAAGCAGACAUUACCCUCAUCCUAAAUCUUUGUCAUACUUGAACCUUUUGACAUGUAAAUAAAUA